AUGUCUGCGGACGAGAAGGCGGACCUCGAGGCCGAGCUGCGUGUGGCCAAGGGUGAGUUGCAGGAAGCCAAGGGUGAGUUGCAGGAAGCCAAGAAUGAGCUGCUUGCGGCGGAAGAGAAGCUGAAGGAGGCGGAAGAGAAGGCUGAGGAGAAGCUGCCGCAGGCCGAGGAGAAGCUGUGGGAGAGUGUCCGGGAGAAAGCCCGCCCUUUGGACGUGAUUUCCGCGCCGUCGAAUGCCUCGGCGAAGACUGUGGAGGAGCACGUGCACCUGGAGGCUCUCUCGCCGGUGGGCGAUCCGGCUUUCCUUGUUGCGCUUGCGGACGGUGGGCUGCUGGCCGAGAACGAGGUGGGCGACAUUGCUGCGCUCCGCACCGCGGUUUGGGACGGAUCUGCGGGCGCUGGACUGCAGACAGCGCUUGCGUCGGCGCUCAAGGCGCGGCUGGGCGCGCUCUACUUUGCAGAGCGCGGACCCGGGGUCGCCGCCCUUCAACUCCGGAACUCUGAGGUCGCGUUCACCGGGCUGCUGGGCUCGGCGGUUGCGAGCGUGCUCGCGAGGGGCUUUCCGUGGGCCGUAGCGGUCACGGAAGCGGCCACGUGCGGUGUGCGCAACUCACGGGGCUCGCCAGCCAACCUCGUGGUCUACGGGCGGGCCGAUGGGGAAGAGGGCCGUGCCACCACGGUCGAGCGCGAGAAGCUCCGUCCGAGCCUCGUGGUGGAGCUCGGGUCAUCGGCCAAGAACGUCCAGGCAGCGGCAUACGCGCACAACCUUGCGAUUUGCUACGGCGACGUGGAGCAUCAGGUGCCGAUGGCGACGCUGGAGGGGCCGCAUCCGACGGCGUCGGACUUUACCGUGGGCACGCUCACCCUCCGGGGCGUUGUUGUCCCGUCGGUUGCCGAGCGGGCAAGCGACGCGAGGACACGGACGACGGUGCCGUUUGGGACGUGGGAGUAUUCAGACCUCGACACGUUUUGCGAGGUGUUUGCUACGGCUUUUGUCGCCAGCCUCAGCGUGGUGGCUGCGACGGCGGACCUGUUGCUGACUGGGCGCAGGCCGCCUGUGGUGCUUGCGGGCGCCAACACGUGCAUGGUGGCCUCGCGACGGGUGUACAAGUGGUUCCGGCCCUCGACAGCCUCGUCGCGCCGGAUCAACUUGCCCAUGUGGACAGCUCACUCGCCGGCGGCCGAGGCGCGCGUGCUCACUGAGAGCGGCGGCAGCGACGCUCCGCGCGUGCUUGUCACCACGUUUCUCGCCCACGAGUCGCACUCGUACGUCCGGGUCGGUCACUUUGUCUCGCUCAUCGGCUGGCUCGAGGCCAUGCGCCGCGACUCGCUCGCGGUGGUCAUCGACUACGAUCUGGCGCGCUCGACGGACGAGGAGCCCCGGUACCCGCCAGGCUUUGUUGUGGACAAGAAGGAGUUGCCAGACGGGGCGCGGCACAAGGGCGCCAAGGGCAACCUGCCCAUGGCGCCCCCGAUCCCGACGAUGCACGGACAUCCCCAUCUCCGCCCUGUUGGCUUACUCAUGUGUGUGCUGUGA